AUCAGUCGAGCGGUGGGCGCCGAGCUGAGAAGAGCUCCGCCUGGGCGCUCCGUGAAAUGGUUGAUAAAAAGGUGCUUUUCACGGUCAAACCUUGCGACUCGAUCAUGGAUGUCCUACGGAUUUGUGUGAUUAUGAUCAGUGUAUGCUUGAACGGAUUCAAACUGUCCAAUGGUCAGAAACAAAACCUGGAUCCAAGUCUAGAAAUCUAUAGAAAGCUCUUUGAAACAAAACGCAAGGACCAGAUGCAUGCAUUGAAGAACAUGAUUGAAUUGAAUGACAUUAAUCAGCAGUACAAGAUUAUUGACAUCAUGUUGAAAGGAUUGUUCAAGGUAUUGGAAGAUUCCAAGACAAUACUGACUGGCGCUGAUGUACAAGCUGAUGGACCACUGCCUCAUGAUGAGAAACUCAAAGAUGCUUAUUCCCACAUUGUUGAAAACACAGCCUUCUUUGGGGAUGUGACUCUGCGUUUUCCGAAGAUUGUCCAUCAUUACUUUGAUCGCAACUCCAACUGGAACCACUUGAUCCGAUGGGGAAUCAGUUUCUGUAAUCAAACAGGAGUUUUCAAUGGAGGGCCACACACACAGCUUCUAAAUCUGAUGGCGCAGGAGCUUGGGAUCAGUGAAAAAUCUCCAGACUAUAAAAAUCCAUUUAAAAAUGAGGAUGAAGACUUCCUUCACAAUAACGAUGCUUUUCAUAAAGCCUUGAAAGACGAGGAGAAAAGAAGGAAAAAAGAAGACAAAAGAAAAGAGCUUCGAAAAGGACCAAGGAUCACAAAGACAAGAUCCGAGUUAUGACCUAUUGAAAGCUGACAACCACUGGGACCAUUUAUGCUGUUGUCUGGAGCUGCUUGAAAUCUUUCACUGGCAUAAAUAUCUAUAUACGUCUGAAUAAAAUCCCCUCAGGACGGCGGUAACCUGUACAGGUUUGCUCUCACUAGAGCUGCUCUCUUUCCUUUAAAAAGGAAGUUUCAUUAUAAGGACCACAAUUUUUUUGGUUUAUGCAAAUAAAAUGGAUGGAAUCACUGAAUUUAAUCCCUGAAACACUGGUAAGAAAGCCAGAAUCUGAUGUAACAUGCUUUGAGUUAUUUCAUCACCAUCAAACAGUGAUUUUGAUUUUAAGGAAUUGCAAGGCCUCUCUGUAUUCUAAGUUGGACUGCUGAUUUUCUGUUUUAACAAUAAAAUACAAUAAGGUACGAAAGCAUGUGAUCCUAA